CCGGGGCAAAUAUUGACCCGAGAGUCUUGCGUGGAUUUUUAACCCGCACUUUCCAGCCCGGCUGUAUUUCCCCCCCACCAAAGACGCACUGCACGUGAAACAUGAGGAGGCUUCUUCUCCUUCUCCUGGUCGGUCUUCUGGGCCUGCAGCAGAGCCGCUGUUUUGAGUUUGUGAUAGACGGAGAAUGGGAGGACGACGCGUCAGAUCUUCAGGAUCAUCGUGACAGGCACAAGAGAGCGAUAUUGACCAGUGAGGAGCAGGAAGACUUUGAGGCCAUCCGAGGAGAUGACAUCACCGUCAAGAGUUACAAAGUGGAGAGCCGCAUCACGUCGCGCUUCGCCCACACCACUGUCCGGAGCUCGGUGGUCAACUCUGGGUCCAAGGCCCAGACCAUCGGCUUCAACGUGCAGAUCCCUAAGAGGGCCUUUAUCACAAACUUCACCAUGAACGUCAACGGCAUCACAUUCACAGGCUCCGUAAAGGAGAAGACAGUGGCCAGGAAUCUGUACGCCCAGGCCCGAGCCAGAGGCAAGGCCGCCGGUAUCGUCAGGGCUAACUCUCAGGACAUGGAGACCUUUAAGACGGAGGUGCACGUCCCCCCUGGCAGCAACAUUGAGUUUGAGUUGAACUACCAAGAGAUGAUGCAGAGGAAGUUGGGCUUUUAUGAGCACUCACUGCACCUGCAGCCUGGCAGACUGGUACCUCAGUUCCAGGCGGAUGUCUACAUCUAUGAGCCAAAGGGAAUCUUCAAGUUGGAAACAACCAACACUUUGGGCGAGAAGUUUACAGACCUGGUCAAAGUUACACAAUCCCCGGAGAAGGCUCACGUGGUCUUCAAGCCCACAUUGCAGCAGCAGAGGAAGUGUGACACCUGCAACGACAGCGCCAUAGACGGCGUCUUCAAGGUCAAAUACGACGUGACCCGGGACAGCAAUGCUGGUGAACUGCAGGUCUCGGACGGCCACUUUGUCCAUUUCUUCGCCCCGUCCAACCUGCCCCCGCUCCCUAAAAACAUUGUGUUUGUGAUCGAUGUGAGCGGGUCCAUGUGGGGGGUCAAGAUGAAGCAAACGGUGGAGGCCAUGCAAGCCAUCUUGGACGGCCUCACCAUAGACGACCAGUUCAGCAUCAUUGACUUCAACCACAACGUGCGCUGCUGGAGUGAAGAACUUCUGCCUGGAUCCUCCAUACACAUCGCAGACGCCAAAAAGUACAUCCAGAACAUCAAACCCGUUGGAGGAACCAACAUUAAUGAAGCACUGAUGAAAGCGGUGCAGAUCCUGGUGCGGGCGUCCAAUCAGGGACUCAUCGACCCUCGCUCUGUCUCCAUGAUCAUCCUGGUGUCUGAUGGUGACCCCACUGUGGGCGAGAUCAAGCUGAGCACCAUCCAGAAGAAUGUGAAGAAGGUCAUGAGGGAGGACUUCUCUCUCUUCUCCUUGGGGAUUGGCUUUGAUGUGGAUUACGACUUCCUGGAGCGCAUCGCCAUGGAGAACCGCGGCAUGGCCCAGCGCAUCUUUGCUAACCACGACGCUGCCGAGCAGCUACGGACCUUCUACAGCCAGGUGGCCAACCCUCUCCUGCGCAAGAUCACCGUCCAGUUCCCAGAGGACUCCGUGUCUGACGUCACGCAGAACCAAUUCGACAAAUACUUUGGGGGCUCCGAGCUGGUGGUGGCUGGCAAGGUGCUGCCCUCUGAGAGCGACACUCUGACCAGCUUCACCACUGCGUCGGCUGCCCUGCUGGACAUCACCCUGGAGACGGAGGCGGACACUUCCAGGCUGGACAUGGAGCUGGCCAAGCAGCAGCACUCCUUCACCGGCUUCGCCAGGCAGCUGUGGGCCUAUGUCACCAUCAAGCAGAUGAUCAGCGAGAGGUCUUUGGCGCCGACAGCCACCAAGAAGAGGAAGAUCACGCAGCGCAUCCUGGCGUUGGCAAUGGAGCAUCAGUUUGUCACGCCCCUCACAGCCUUGCUGGUGGAGAGCGAGGACGCCAAGGAGAGGUUGCUGGCCGACUCCCCGAAGGACCCCAAGCAAGGCUGCUGCUCAGGAGGAGUAAUGGGAGGUUCAAGGACACCUGGGCUGGCUCCAGUGCAGGUGCUCUAUCAGCCUCCCCCCUGGGUCCAGAUGACCACGCCGGCUCCGCCCAGCCCCGUAGAGAAAGGACCGGAGGAGUGGACGCUGCCCCAGCAGGUCAACUUAGUGGACAACGACCCUCAUUUCAUAGUGCACCUGCCCCAAAGCAACAUGGACGUCUGCUUCAACAUCGACUCCAAACCGGGACACAUCCUCAACCUGGUGUCAGACAGAGGCACAGGCGUGGCGGUGAACGGUCAGCUGAUCGGCGCCAAAAAGGAGCACUUGGGCAAACACGCCACAUACUUUGGCGUCAUCUCCGUGUACCACCAGCCCACGGGUGUCGCCGUCACCGUCAGCACCGCCGCCAUCGUCCUAAGUGACGGCAAGAGCAACUACACCUUCACCUGGGGCGCCACGGCCGACAUCGUGCGGGACGGGUUGAGGAUCUCCGUUGUGAAGGACCGGAGGGUCUCAGUCAUCAUCAACCACGGCAUCCGGGUGAUGGUUCUGCUGCAUCGCGUGUGGAAGAAACACCCCGUCAACGUGGACUUCCUGGGUCUCUACCUGCCCAACGACAAUCGCUACUCCCCCCUUGUCCACGGCCUCAUAGGUCAGUUCUCCAACGAGCCCGAAGUGAACGUGUACGACAUCCACGAUGGCGCCGACCCCCUGAAGAAGGAGGCCACCAUGGAGGUGAAGGGCAAGGAGGUGCACGUCACCAGGGGCUGGCAGAAGGAUUACCGGCGGGACGAGCGGCGCGGGUGGGACGUCUACUGCUGGUUCGUACACAACAGCGGGAAGGGCUUCAUUGACGGCCACUACAGCCACUACAUCGUCCCUCACCUCUACAGCUUCCUGUGAAUGCUUUUUUAAAAUAUUUUUUACAUCUUUCAUUGAAAUCUGUCAUGUAAAGUUGGACUUGAUUGGGAUUAAAACUCUGACAUGGUA